AUGGCAUCUUUUAAUCUUCCUAAUUGCCCUCCAAACCCUGGAUCCUUCAAUCGGCCUCCUCCUCCACCUAGACCUCCGAUGCUUGCGCCUGGGUGGACCGAACACAAAGCUCCUACAGGUCACUCUUAUUACUAUAACGCCGCUACAAAGACCUCGACUUAUACUCGCCCCGUCGCGCCAACGCCCGCGCCAGCCCCUUUCGCCGCUGGUCCAACUCCGGGUCCGUACCCAGCUCCAGGUCCUUAUCCCAGCUUUUCUCAACCUCCCGGAGGGUAUUAUGGUGGUCAAUUCAACCAACAGCAGUUCCCGAACCAGCAGUUCCCACCACCACAACAGCAGUUCGGCCAUGAUCAAAAUCGUGGCCGUGGGUGGAUGGGUAGGGGCGGUAGAUUCGGUAAUCAGCGCCAACACCGCCAAAAGCCGGAAGAGAAACCAGAUCGCCCAAAGUCAAAACGUACCAUCCCAGGCGCGACACCAUGGGUCCUUGUAAAAACAAAAUUAGGCAGAACUUUUGUGCACAAUACGGAGACAAAAGUAUCGUUGUGGAAGGUCCCAGAAGAUGUACAGGCUGUUAUAGACACCAUGCCACCCGAGGAUGAAGCAACAAAGGAAUUGAAGGCUAAGAAGAAACUUGCUUCUGAUACCGAUGGUCUCAAACAAGAGGUGUCAGAGCCUCGGGGAAUCAAAAGACUGGCGCCGGCUGCUCUAGAAACCGAGGGCAAGGAUGGCACCGGAGCUGCAGAUAUUAACGAAGAGGAGGAAGAUGAGGAAGAUGAAGAAGGGGAAGAAGAGGAGGAGGGAAGUGAAGACGAGCAUGACGCCCACGGGAAUAAGAGGUUGAAGACCGGAGAAGCAGUUGAGUUUACAGAAGACGAUGUGGCGUGGCAAUUAGAGGCCAUGGCUGAAGAAUACGGUUUCGAGGAAGAUGAUUUUGAAGAAGGAGAAGAUAUGAUAGCGGAGGAUAAUAUUAACUCAUUCAAAGAAAUGUUGGACGAUUACAAGAUCAACCCUUAUAGCACAUGGGACGCCGAAAUGCCAAGGAUCGUCGAGGAUAAUCGCUAUGUUCUCGUAACAACUACAAAACGCCGCAAGGAUGUUUUUACAGAGUGGUGCAAGGAUCGCAUAGCAGAGAUCAAGGCUGAAAAAGCAAAGCAGAAAAAGGUGGACCCCAAAAUCUCAUUUUGGGCGUUUUUGAAAGAAAACGCAAGCGCAAAGCUUUAUUGGCCAGAAUUCAAGAGGAAAUUCAAGAAAGUGUCAGAAAUGAAGGACACAAAACUCGCCGAUAAAGAGAAGGAAAAGAUGUACAGGGACUAUAUUUCACAUAUGAAAAUUUCCGAGUCACUCCGUGAAAAUGACUUAAAGAAGCUUCUUAGAUCCAAUUCUGAGUUAUCUCGUCUGACAUCACUCGAGGACCUUCCGGAGUCAAUCCUAAUAGAUGUGCGCUAUGUUACUUCCCCCGAGAAGAUACGCGAUGCAAUAAUUAAGGAUCAUCUUGCCACACUUUCAGAGGCUCCAAUGAAUGAAGCGGAAAAGAAGGCUAAAGAGGAGUUGGAACGGAAAGCACGAGCUAUAAGAGAUCGAGAAGCUGCUGUUAGAAAAGAUCAAUGGAGGCUUCGAGGAGAAGAACAAAGGGCCAAGGACAUGCUGAAGGAAGAGGAAGCUCUGAUCGAAAGGGCAAAGAUUGUGAGCAAAAGGGGACUAUUGGGGCACAUUAUUAAAAAGGAAGAUGAAGGAGAAGAGGGUGGGAAACCAUCAGGGCCUGAUGGUGGAGGAUUGCCUUAA